CAAGCCAGCUAACUGAUGCUGCAGCGUUAUGAGUCAUCUCUUUUAACAGCAAACUGCUUUUUUGAAAGAACUUUUAAUGGUGAUAAAAGGUUUGAGGGUGAUAUGUGUACAGAUCUUACUCUAUUCAUGGAACAUAGGGAAAAGCAGUAAAAGUUCUGGAUUAACUGUAUAAGCUAGAAAGGUAAUUGCAUUUUUUCAAAGUCUUGAACUCUUUGCUGAUACUGCUCAUGAACACAGUGGUUUGAGAUGUUCAGUCUGCCCACUGUAACUGCACUGGGCACAGUAAUGUAUUGUAUAUAACUGUGUAAAGCACUGAAUAGCUACAGUGUGAGAGCAUUUAAUCAACCAAUACCUGAUUUAAUCUGUCACCAGGAACUUAGAUGUGAAGUUCUUCAUGUGGUCUGUGCUGGCACCAACAGCAGAGCAGAGGUCCUGAGCUUCUCCCUUGCACUUGCUUCACAGCCAUGAUGCUAUUGCCAGCAGUGGUGAUGCCCGAGUGUGCCAUGACAGAGUGACUGCAUCAGCAACACCCACAUGCUGUGGGAUCAGGCUGCCCUGGACAGUUUGAUAAGGGCUGUGUCCUUUCAUGCCCUUAAAAGUUACGAAUUUGGGAAUUUUCUUUUCAGAACCCAAUGCUUCCAUUCAAGCCCAUCUUUCUUCUAUACAGUAGGACUAUGGCAGCCUCUGGCUGUGACAUAGCAUUCUGUGCUUUGCCAAGGGUUGCUGUGGUGGAUGAGGACAGUUGCCCAGUGCAAUUACAACAUAUACUGGUCUUGAAUUACUGUUUUGAGUUCAGAAAUGGUGAGGGCAACUGUUGGUGCUCUGCAGCACCAACACACCACCUGCAGAAAGUCUCUUCCCAUGGUCAGUGUGGUUGCUGCUUGCCUAUAAAAUUAGUUAAUUCCUGAUUCCUGCGAAUGAUUGGACAGUCAGGUUGGUGUAGCUUGUUUGAACUGCCAUCCAGGUCUACCAUCACUCACAUUACUGCACAGUUGAGGUCCUCAAAGGUUCACUGCUGUAGAGUUUCAUACUUUCUCUGUAUAGGCAGGGGAAGAGUUAGGAAUGAUGUAGAGAUUUUCAUUUAGGCCCACAAGGGACUUUAACUGUUCAGGAUUAUAACUCAUUCAUUCUACAAGUUCUUUUUCACAAGUUCGGGGAUGGUGAUGAUUAUCAUUGAUUAUUUGUGGGGUCUGUGAUACAGUCUACCAAAUAAGUAUGUAACAUCUGUGGUUUUCAGGGCUUGGGCAUCUUCACUAGGGACAAAAGCAGCACUUUCUUCUCGAAAAGGACUGUGGUAUUGUCAGCCUUUAAGUAUAUACCUAAUUACUGAUGGCACUGCUUGUUGCUAUUCCUUCUCAUUGUCCUGCUCUACUAAGUGUUGGUCAAACACACCCUGAGCUCUUGCAGAUAGAUGACAAAUGUGUCUGCAGGUGUCUGGCUGCACCGAACAGACCAUUGAGGGCAGUUUCCAGAUCAUCAUGACAACUACAGUGACCACAUAAUACCACAGUUGUCAGGCAUGCAUUAACGAAAGCAUAGUAAUGCAGCCAUAAUUUGUCCAUAACUUGGAACCUUUCAAUUUAGAAUGGAUGCUGCAGAACAAAGCUGUCCAGUUAUCCUUGGUGAAAAUUAACAUUUAUUAUGGGGGCAGUGUAGAUGCUCCAGGACAAAAAAGCAGUCCAAAUGCAGACCAUUUGCUACCACAUAGUAUAGCCGCUAACAGCAAUUUACCUAUACUUACUGCUGAAAGUUGCAGUGAGGUAUUCUUGAAGAUCCUGCCACAGAUUAUCCAUAUAGCACUACCUGUGCCUGGAGGUUUGUCAGGGAAAUGACACUCUGUCCUUUUGAGCUAUUCCCAGUACUUCUUGCUCUAGGAGUUGAAGGAAGCAGUGAAACAAUGAAAGUUAAUAUCUCUUCAUCACAAGUAUGUGUGGAAGCAGAGAUGUUUGUUCUUGGUAGUUUGUAGAAGUACAAACUGGAAGUUCCCCACACGCAGCCUACUGAGACACCCACAUCUCAAUGACACUAACUUUGUGCAAACACAUGGUCUGGAAUCAUUUCUUUAGUGACCAUCGCUGAGAAUUGCUUGGUGAGCAGUGGUAGGUGCAGUGACAGCACCUGCUGGAAGACAUGUGAACACAAAAGGAAUGGUGUAAUCCUGGAGGUAGCCUGAAAGACCUGACAGCAGGAGCAUGGCACGUUUUUUGGGAGCAUGGUUCUAUUUUUAUGAUAUGCAGGUAGUAGAGCAUCACUUACCUGCUUACCUUCAGAUGGAAUUCCUUGGUAGGAAUGAGCACCCCAUUAGCCCUGUGACCAUGCAUGACGUGAGUGGGUGUAACCUAGGUGGUGACAUAUGUUCUUAUCGAAACAAGCACCUGUGGCUGCUGCCUUGCCAACAAAGCAGUACAAGUUGCUGUACUUUGUCCUAUGGACUUCCACCUUCCUUCUGAAUAAGACUGGAAAGAAAAAUUGCCCUCACUUUAGGAGUUUUUGUCCAGCCAAAGCCCAUCACCUUGGCUGCUGUGUGCAGUGUUAGCUGACCAGUCCUGGCACAGGGGCAUGGGAGAGGCUAGUGCUGCUGGCCUACAGCAAAGUUCCCCUGCAUUCUUGCACAGCCUUGAUGCCAGAAGAGGCCAGGAUCUCUAGUAUCUGGACCCAGCCCAAAGAAUUGUGGAGCAAGUCUAAAGAUCUGUACCUGAGCAUAGAUUGGGAAACAAUAUUUAAAUACCAUCCCCAUACCCUCAUGGUUUUUUAAAAUUUCUUCAAGUUGAAUAAGUGUCUCAUGUCAUCUUAUAUGAAAACAAUCUUUGGUGGAUCGUUUGCAGUCUCUUCUUGCUACUGGAUGAAGUGAUGCUUUUGACAGGAGGCUUGAAAUCUCUCCUUCCUCAUGUGCUAAGAAGAAUGAUUCGAUGCAACAGACUCAGUAUUAGUAAUACUUCUGGAAUGGCAGAAGGCUAUAAACAGGCCAAUGUUGUGAUUUUACACAAGUCCCUGGCUGAUGACUUUGAGAAGUUCUGCCAUGCAAAUGAUGGACCCCUGCCACUGCUGUACAGAAGUCAACCAGGUGACUGGAACUGUCCUUCCCUGAGUAGUGAUUCUGAUAUCAGAACUGACUGCCUACAGUACAGAAAAUAUGAGCAUGGAGCUUGUACUGGAUCACUGAAAAGCCUUAAGGAAUAUUCUGAACAACUCAAGGACAUGGUGACCUUUUAUUUAGGCUGCAGCUUCUCUUUUGAAAAAGCAGUCCAAAAAGAUGGCAUUCCUAUCAGAAACGUUGAGCAGAAAUGUAAUGUAAGCAUGUACAAAACAUCUGUGCCCUGCUACAGCAUUUCUAUGUUUCACUGCAACUUAGUAGUCACAAUGAGACCUAUUCCUGAAAGCAAGUUGGGAGCAGCUGUGCUAGCAACAUCUGAAUUAAAAGAAGCCCAUGGAGCACCAAUUCACAUAGGUGACCCUGGUCUGCUGGGAAUACAAGAUCUUUCUAAACCAGACUAUGGAGAUCCAGUUCACCUUCACCCUGGUGAUAUUCCAGUAUUCUGGGCCUGUGGAGUAACAGGAGUAGAAGCAAUUAUCAACUGCAGAACUCCAUUAGCUUUUACUCAUUCUCCUGGCUGCAUGUUCAUUACUGAUGUAAAGAAUGACAAUGUCAGAUCUUCAGGAGGAGUCCCACAGGUCCACUGCAUCUCUCGAGAUCCUCUGCAUUUCAGUAUUGUGUCAGAAGAAGCAGCCCAAAAGAUAAAGGUUCUAGAGACCCUAAUUGGAAUAGAUCCAGGAGAGCGGGGCAUAAGGCACCUGCAGGGCCAGGGUGAGCUGCUGGGGGCCUGCCUGGCCAUGUCCCACGCGGGGUCCGUGCUGAUCACCACGGGAUUUCCCACCCACUUCAUGCACCAGCCGCCCGAGGAGAACGACGGCCCCCCGGGAGCCCUUGCCAUUGCAGCUAUGCUGCAGGCCUUGGAGAAACAGGUUGCCAUAGUUACAGAUCAGAGAGCCAUGGAUCUGAAUAAAAAGAUUAUUGAAGAAGCUGUUCAACUAGGAAUCCUGAAGAAACCCAUCCCUCUACUGAGUUAUCAGAGGGAAAGUGCUGAUUCAGCUUUAAUGUUUUUGUGUGAGAAUGGGAAUCCUGGAAGACCUAGAUUUGAUCACCUGGUAGCAAUAGAGCGUGCUGGGAUGGCUGCUGAUGGCAACUAUUACAAUGCCAGGAAAGUUAACAUUAAACAUCUCGUGGAUCCUAUAGAUGAACUAUUUUUAGCUGCACAAACCAUUCCAGGAGUCACAACAACCGGUGUUGGAGAUGGAGGAAACGAAUUAGGAAUGGGAAAAGUAAAAGAUGCUGUAAAGAAGCACAUAAAAAAUGGAGAUGUUAUAGCUUGUGAUGUUGAAGCUGACUUUACUGUUGUAGCUGGGGUGUCUAACUGGGGUGGCUAUGCCAUUGCCUGUGCUCUGUACGUGCUGCGCUGCUGUGACAUCCACGACCGCUACCUGCGCAGAGCUGUCGGCUUCCCCCGCACACCGAGCAGGGGGCUCUGGCUGCCCGCGCUCCCGUCUGUCACCAAGGAAGAAAAGCUUCUGAAAACACUUGUGCAGCUCGGGGUCCGCAGUGGCAAAACUGCCAGUCUAGAGAUGGAAGUGGAUGGGCUGCCCUUCUACAACACCCAUUCUCAUAUGAUUGAAAAGCUGCUGCAGGAAGCACAGCAGUGACUGCCCCUAGUGAUUUCUGCAUCAAGAAUUGCUCCCAUGUCAUUUCCUUAUUCUUGAGGCUCUCACAAGGUGUAAAAGAUUGGAAAAAGAUGACUUUUCAUCUCUGGUGUCUUGACCACACACAGCCUUUCAUUGUUAUCCUUACAUCAUCUCUGUGAAACAAGAAGAGGAUAUCAUCCACUUGGUCUCCCUUUCUUUUCUGUAAUUUUAUAAAGGAAAAUGAAUAUUAAAUGACAUUAUAUAAUAAGAGGUGAUCUGGCUUUUACAAAGAAAGCAUGAAAUUAUAAUGAGAUAUUAUUGCACUGCUGUUCUUGUUUUACUAACCUCAUAACUGCAACAGGAAGUAACUCGCGUAGCAACUUGAUUUUAAAAAUACUUGUGGUGAGGAAAACAGCUACAGUAGAGAGGGAAGAUUCAAAACAAAACUGCAGUGUUAGAGUAAUGAGAGCUCCAUUGCACACGUCCUGUAGCCCCUCUAACACCGUGUUCUUAUGGUGGGAGAUAGUUUGUGGAAGUGCAAGGAGAUAAGGAGAAAAUUUUUACUGAGCUAAUGAAAAUAAGGGCAGCAUUGCAGAUCUUCUGUGUAAAGGGUCAGCUGUGCCAUUAACUACUUGCAUAUUUUGCCACUUCAUGAGUAAUAGAGAAAAGCUGUAGACAUUUCAGAGUAUCCUGUUGUUAUGAAGAAAUUAAUUGAAUACAAAAAUAAUUAUUAAAAUUAAUUAUUAGAAAUUAAAGUAUGAAUUAGAAAUGAAUAAACAUUUGCAUUCAGUAUGGAAUAACAUUGUGUAAAUAAACUUCUACAUGAAUUAUGAA